CGCCUCGCCAGCGGAAGUUCCGCCCCUUCCCCCUCUCUCUCCGGCUUUGUACUGUCCACGCCGCGGCUCCUCUACGCACAGUGACGCCGCAAAAAAGUACCAACACCGAUGGCUCUCCACGUUCCGAAAGCUCCGGGCUUUGCCCAAAUGUUAAAGGAUGGCGCCAAGCACUAUUCAGGUCUUGAAGAGGCAGUCUUUCGCAACAUCCGAGCCUGUAAGGAACUUUCUCAUACCACACGCUCAGCUUACGGGCCCAAUGGCAUGAACAAAAUGGUCAUCAACCACCUGGAGAAGCUGUUCGUCACCAACGACGCCGCCACCAUCCUCAGAGAGCUGGAAGUGCAGCAUCCGGCAGCCAAAAUGAUCGUGAUGGCGUCCCACAUGCAGGAGCAGGAGGUGGGCGACGGCACCAACUUUGUCCUGGUGUUUGCCGGCGCCCUGCUGGAACAGGCCGAGGAGCUUCUACGGAUGGGCCUCUCCGUGUCGGAGGUGAUCGAGGGCUACGAGAAGGCGUGCCGCAAGGCGCUGGAGCUCCUGCCCGAGUGCGUGUGUUCGUCGGCCGACAACCUCCGCGACCUGAAGGAAGCCUCGGCGAUGAUCCGCACGGCCGUCACCAGCAAACAGUACGGCAACGAGGACUUCCUGUCCGACCUCAUCGCACAGGCUUGCGUGUCCAUCUUCCCAGAGUCCGGCAGUUUCAAUGUGGAUAACGUCAGAGUGUGUAAGAUUCUGGGUUGCGGUGUGACGGCGUCAUCGGUGCUGCACGGCAUGGUGUUCAAAAAGGAAGCGGAAGGAGACGUCACGUCGGUGAAAGACGCCAAGAUCGCCGUCUUCUCCUGUCCCUUCGACUGCAUGGUGACGGAGACCAAGGGCACGGUGCUCAUCAACAACGCCAAGGAGCUGAUGGACUUCAGCAAGGGCGAGGAGGACAUGAUGGAGACUCAGGUCAAGGCCAUCAAGGAGGCCGGCGCCAACGUGGUGGUGACGGGCGGCAAGGUGGCCGACAUGGCGCUGCACUACGCCAACAAAUACAAGCUGAUGGUGGUCAGGCUGAACUCCAAGUGGGACCUGAGGAGGCUUUGCAAGACGGUGGGCGCCGUAGCUCUGCCGAGGCUGACUGCACCUACCCCCGAGGAGAUUGGUCACUGCGACAGCGUUUUCCUGACGGAAGUGGGCGACACUCAGGUGGUGGUCUUCAAACACGAGAAAGAAGACGGCGCCAUCUCCACUGUGGUGAUCCGAGGCUCCACAGACAACUUGAUGGAUGACAUUGAGCGGGCCAUCGACGACGGAGUUAACACCUUCAAGGUUCUCGUGAGGGACAAGCGCCUGCUCCCCGGAGCGGGAGCCACCGAGAUCGAGCUGGCCAAUCGCAUCACGUCCUUCGGAGAGACUUGCCCGGGUUUGGACCAGUACGCCAUCAAAAAGUUUGCGGAUGCCUUCGAAGUGUUGCCGCGCGCCCUGGCAGAGAACUCGGGCGUGAAGGCCAACGAGCUGAUCUCCAAGAUGUACUCGGCGCAUCACGAGGGCGACAAGAACGCCGGCUUUGAUAUUGAGGGAGACGGCCCCUCGGUGAAGGACGUGGCCCAGGCCGGCAUCCUGGACCCGUACCUGGUCAAAUACUGGGGCAUCAAACUGGCCACCAACGCCGCCAUCACAGUACUGCGAGUGGAUCAGAUCAUCAUGGCUAAGCCCGCAGGGGGACCCAAGGCUCCCAAACAGAGGGGCCACUGGGACAAGGACGACUGGGACGAGGAGCCCGAUAAGUUUGAAACGCACCAGUAGAACUUACAAUCAUCAUGGCCAAACCAGCAGGGGGCCCCAAACCACCACAGGGCAAGAAGGAUUUCGAUGAGGAUGACUGAUCAUGCCCGUUACUUUUUCUUUUUUUUUUUUACUUGUUUAUUUAAAGCUCUGCAUUUCGGUUUAUUCUGUAGGAAGUCUUCACAACAGUCGACAUAAUGUGGACGCACCGCACUGUAUCAUUCUUCCUCGCAAAUAAAAGGCACUUGUGCUGUCA